AUGUCUGGCAAGGAAUACGUCCUCUUCGGUCUUGGAAACCCUCUCCUUGACAUUCAGGCCAACACUGGCACUGAUGUCCUCGAGAAGUACGGCCUCAAGGCCAACGAUGCUAUCCUCGCCGAGGACAAGCACAAGCCUAUUUACGAUGAGCUGAUGACCAAGUAUGAUGCCAAGUUCCUCGCUGGUGGUGCUGCCCAGAACGCCAUGCGUGGUGCCCAGUACGUCCUUCCUCCCAAGUCCACCGUCUACGUUGGAUGUGUCGGUAAGGACAAGUUUGCUGAGCAGUUGCACGCUGCCAACGAGCGUGAGGGUUUGAGGACCGAGUACUUGGUUGACGAGUCCACCCCUACUGGAAAGUGUGGUGUUGUCAUCACUGGUAACAACCGCUCCCUCGUCACCGACCUUGCUGCUGCCAACAACUACAAGCUCGAGCACUUGAAGAGCCCUGAGAUCUGGAAGUUGGUUGAGAAUGCCGAGUUCUUCUACGUUGGUGGGUUCCACUUGACUGUCUGCGUUGAUGCCAUCAAAGCUCUCGGUGAGCACGCUGCCGAGACCAACAAGACCUUCGUCAUGAACCUCUCCGCUCCCUUCCUUUGCCAGUUCUUCAAGGACGGCAUGGACGCUGUUACCCCCUACUGGGACUACAUCCUCGGUAACGAGUCUGAGGCUGCUGCUUGGGCUGAGGCUCACGGUCUUGAGACCACCUCCGUCCAGGAGAUUGCCGAGCACAUUGCUGCCCUCCCCAAGGCCAACAACAAGCGUGAGCGCACCGUCGUCUUCACUCAGGGUGCUGAGUCCGUCAUUGUCGCCAGGCCCGGAAAGGAGACUGUUGUAUACCCUGUUCCUAAGCUCUCUGAUGACGAGAUCGUCGACACCAACGGUGCUGGUGAUGCUUUCGCUGGUGCAUUCUUGGGUAUGUUGGUCAAGGGCGAGUCUUUGGAAACUUGUGUCGAGGCCGGUACCUGGUUGGCUCAGCUCGCUAUCAAGGAGGUCGGUCCUUCUUUCCCUUACCCCAAGCACGGCUUCAUGAGCAGCAAGGCUGGUAUUGUAACUAAGUAA